GAUUUUGCAGAAAAUCCGUUUGUUUGAAAAUGGUGGCUUUAUAGAAUUUCAAAUCAUGCCAGGGUGGAUUUCUGAAGCUCAGUUUUAAAUUCCGUGUGGUGAUCCGUAAUUUACGUCUGAUCUUCAUCAGAUCAUUUAUGUGAUUCAUACAUGAAGGAAGAUAAGUUAUUUUGCAUCUGUGGACUAAUCGUCGGGAUCGUAUUGCUAUUUUAUGUAUUGUCGCCGUAUAGUCCGACAUGUUUACUAAGAAGCUGUAUCCAUAAUCAGAAUGACCGUACAGGUUUUCUGUAUGCUGUUCCAACUACAAAAACAACUAAGCAUUUGAUGACAUAUACGAGAGAUAAUUCAAGUAAUGUGUCUGUGCUCGUCUUCAUCCAUAUUCAGAAAACUGCCGGUACACUUCUAGAACGUCGUUUAGUUAAAGAUGGUUUAGUGGGCAAAACAUGUUACUGUUUUUUCAGAAGACGCUGUAAUUGUAAAACGCCAAGUGGUGAUACUUGGCUUGUCAGCAGAUAUUCUACAGGCUGGGUAUGUGGACUUCAUGCUGACUUAACUGAAUUAACGGAAUGUAUUGACAGCAAGCUAAACAAAGUGGACCAUCAUAUUAUUCAAAGAAGGUACAUAUAUUUUACUUUGUUACGUGAUCCUGUCGAUCGUUUUAUUAGUGAAUGGCAACAUAUACGUCGCGGUGCUACAUGGCAUGCAGCUACUCUUCGAUGUAAUAAACAAUACCCACCACUUAAACACUAUAAACCAUGUUAUUUUAAUGAAGAAAUUGUCGAAAAUAUACCGUCUAAUGUAUCCAUUAAAUCUGUUAUAGAUUGUCCUUACAAUUUAGCAAGUAAUCGUCAAACAAGAAUGUUAGCAAACCUUUCUAGUCUAGGAUGUUAUAAACAUUUAACGAAAUGGUCUCAACCUCUCAAUGUCACAGCAUUAAUCCAUAUUCCACGAGUUUCAUUAGCUCUUUUAAACAGUGCUAAACAUAAUCUUGUCAGUAUUAUCAGUUGUUAUGGUUUAACUGAAUACUUAAUUUAUUCACAAUACAUAUUACAAAAAUGUUUACAUAUUACUUUUAAACGUUCAUUUAUUGAAUUUAAUAAAAUAUCUUUUAUGAAACAAAGAUUAUUGUUUACACAUGCUACAAUAAUCCGUUCCAAUUUAAAUCAGUCUACUUUGCGUGAAAUACAAAAUGUAAAUAGGCUAGAUAUUUUUCUAUACAAUUUCGCCAAACAAUUAUUUGUGUAUCGAUUAGUAAAUUAUUUAUUAUUUGAUUCAAAUAUACCGCUGCAUUUCAGACGACCUUUACACACUAUUUGGCACAAUAGACCUAGGUCUAAAUCAUAUAUAGAUCUAAGUUAUUUACUGUUUUCCAAUCCUAUCAUCAAUUAUCAUGAUGCUAAUAUCAGUAGUAAUGCAUUUUCAUAUCGUUUCAAUUUAUUUCUUACUAAUUUGUUCAUUCGUAAAGGUAGCAUUCCAGUAUCUGAGUCUAUUUUAACCAGUGAAAAUAAGAAAUGGAGUAAUCGACUUUCUUACGAUCUUAAAAUCUAG